CUCCGCCUUCUGCAGCGCUCUGCAUGUUUUUCCUUUCUUUUUCGCAAUUUUGAGCGUUGUGCAUGAAGAGAGGUUCGAGGCAGGUGAGAGCAUCCCGCCCGCCGCGGAGGAGCCCGCGGGCACUUGGCGCGCUCCCCGAGGGUCGUCUGCGCUGGGAGCCGAAAGUUCUUUUGGUUUUGUGUUUUUAUGCAGAUGUAUUUAUAAAGACAUAAGUAAUUUUUUUUUUUCUUUUUCUUCUCUUGUCUCCACCGCCUUGAAAGCUAGUACUUUUGGCAAAGGACGGAGGAAAAAGCUCAGCAACAUUUUGAGGGGAGGCUGGAGUGGUUUUUUUUGUGUGUUUUUUUUUUAAAGAAAAAAAAAUUGAGUGCAUCGCGAUGGAGAAAAUGUCCCGACCGCUUCCCCUGAACCCCACCUUUAUCCCGCCUCCCUACGGCGUGCUCAGGUCCUUGCUGGAGAACCCGCUGAAGCUCCCCCUUCAUCACGAAGACGCAUAUAGUAAGGAUAAAGACAAGGAAAAGAAGCUGGAUGAUGAGAGUAAUAGCCCAACGGUCCCCCAGUCAGCAUUCUUGGGGCCCACCUUAUGGGACAAAACCCUUCCCUAUGACGGAGAUACCUUCCAGUUGGAAUACAUGGACCUGGAGGAGUUUUUGUCGGAAAAUGGCAUUCCCCCCAGCCCGUCUCAGCAUGACCACAGCCCCCACCCUCCUGGGCUGCAGCCGACCUCCUCAGCGGCCCCUUCCGUCAUGGACCUCAGCAGUCGGGCCUCCGCACCCAUUCACCCUGGCAUCCCACCCCCGAACUGUGUGCAGAGCCCCAUGCGACCAGGCCAGCUGCUGCCAGCCAACCGCAAUACUCCGAGCCCCAUCGACCCCGACACCAUCCAGGUGCCGGUGGGCUAUGAGCCGGACCCGGCCGACCUCGCCCUCUCCAGCAUCCCCGGUCAGGAGAUGUUUGACCCUCGCAAACGCAAAUUCUCCGAGGAAGAACUGAAGCCACAGCCCAUGAUUAAGAAAGCGCGCAAAGUCUUCAUCCCGGACGAUCUGAAGGACGACAAGUACUGGGCACGGCGCCGGAAGAACAACAUGGCAGCCAAGCGCUCGCGCGAUGCGCGGCGCCUCAAGGAGAACCAGAUCGCCAUCCGCGCGUCCUUCCUGGAGAAGGAGAACUCGGCGCUGCGCCAGGAGGUGGCCGACCUGCGCAAGGAGCUGGGCAAGUGCAAGAACAUCCUAGCCAAGUACGAGGCCCGGCAUGGGCCCCUGUAGGCGGGCAGCGGCGGGCGGCCACGGCCCGGACAGGCCUUCACCGCAGCGACCGACCUUUCUGACAUCAGCACUUUACCAGACGCAGCAACACGACGGACUCACGUUUUGGGAUGUGUGUGUGUGUGUGUGUGUGUGUGUGUGUGUGUGUGUGUGUGUGUGUGUGUGUGUGUGUGUGUGUGCGCGCGCGCACUUGUACUCCUGUGUGGUCAGCGGGAGGUGUGUGUGUGUAUUCGUGCUCUUUUGUGGUCAGCGGGGUGUGAGUGUAUGUGCUUGUGCUGCAGUGUGGUCAGCGGGGUGUGUGUGUGUGUGUGUGUGUGUGUUUGUGCGCCUGUGUGGUCAGCGGGUGUGUGCGCGCGCGUUUGCGCAUGCGUCCCUUUGCGCCCGCCAUCUUGAAACGAAAGGUGCCAUGUUUUUACUGGACUGAGGAGACCGCGCGGGUUUCCUGCUCCCCCCACCUCACCCCACUCCCGCCCUUUCCGUGUGGCUUCAUGUGCGCUCCUGCCCACUCUUCCAGGACCUUCUGCUCGGGUUCACUAAGAAGAGCCCUGCUGAAAUAGUAGAUCUCGGUUUUUCAAGACCACAGGCUCUUGUUUCUGUUUAAUCUGUAAGUUACCAUGCUAAUAAGGUGCACAGAGUAAUUUAGCACUACACUGCAGCUCCGUUCAGUUAUAGGUUGCUUUCCUCACUUUUUAAGUUUUGGUGAUAAUCGUCUUCAAAUUUAAAGUGCUGUUUAGAUUUACUAGAUCCCAUAUUUACUUACUGCUCUCACUAAGUUUCCUUUUAAUUACACCAACUCCAGCGAGUAAGAGUACUCUCAUAGAACACAGAGUGUGUUUUUGCACUGUCUGUACCUAAAGCAAUAAUCCUAUUGUACGCUAGAGCAUGCUGCCUGAGUAUUACUAGUGGAAGUAGGAGAUUUUCCCUACCUGAAUUUCACUGUCUUUUAAAAAGCAAAAAUUACAGUAAUGUAUUUGAGCAUGCCCAGAACAUCCCCAGGACCGGGAAGCAGAGGGAAACGCCAGGUCUAAGAACAAGGGGUUAACUUAUCAGUGUACAGCCAAAAAAUGCAUCUUGGAACAGCUUUUGACAUUGAUGUGUUUGCUUUUGUUUUCUCUCUUUUCCCAUGCCCCCAGCCCCCAAUUUUCUAGUUAACUUUUUCCACAUCCCCCUUGAUAUUCAAUACAAUUCAAUUACUUAAGAUUCAGUUUUCCCCAUUUUUUCGGUAAUGUAUAUAUUUUUGUGAAUUAUACCUUGUUUUUAAAAAUCAGUUAAGUUAAUAAGUUGAUGUCUUGUAAAACCCCUUUUUCUUAGUGGUGUCAUAUUUGAAUGCUUCAUAAAUUAAUGAUUCUGGAGCUUACGUUUCUUAUUCUCUGUUUUCUUUUGAACGUAUGUGCUCUUAUUAAGUGGACUUCUGAAAAAUGAAUGUAAAAGACACUGGUGUAUCUCCGAAGGGGAUGGUGUUGUCACAAACUGUGGUUAAUCCAAUCAAUUUAAGUGUUUACUGUAGACCAAAAGGAGAGAUUAUUAAAUUGUCUAAUGUUUAUACAGAGUAAUUAUAGGAAGUUCUUUUUGUACAGUAUUUUUCAGAUAUAAAUACUGACGAUGUAUUUUGGAAGACAUAUAUUAUAUAUAGCAAAGAGAAAAGGAAAACUAUUCCAUGUUUUAAAAUUAUAUAGCAAAGAUAUAUAUUCAUCAAUGUUGUACAGAGAAGUGCUUGGGGGUUUUUGAAGUCUUGAAUAUUUUAAUUUUGUCACUGACACAUCAGCAUGUUUUCUGCUUCAAAUUAAAAUUUUACAACAGUAUCGAAGCUUGCUGUGACGAAUUCUGCUCUAAAACAUCUAAGGAGUUUUCUUAUUUUCUAUUAGGUCUCAGAAAGAAAACCCAAAACCACAAAAUGGAUGUUAGUCAAAUAUUUAUUGGAUGAUACAGUGAUUUUUAGGAAAAGCAUCUGCCACAGAAAUGUUCACUUCAAAAUUAUGAGUUCCUGAAAAUAAAUAUCACUGCAAGCAUCCCCCAAAAUUCUGUUCUCCUCAAUGGGCACGUGCAUCUUACACAGUAUAAGGUUAAUAUCGGUGCUAUGUGUAUGAUUUAUAAUUUGAUAGCUGUCUUGACUUUAAAGGUGAUUGUUCUUUUGUUUCACUAACUUGUGUUAAGAGAUUGUGCUGUUGUUACAAAGAAACAUUUUCUGCAAGAUUAAAAUACCCUUUUAUCAGUGGGAUUUUCUAGUUUCCUGUGUCCAGAGUAUGUGAUUCUUUAAUGACCUUUAAUGAUUCUUUAAUGGUGAUCUCCUUGUCAGUCUGUUAGCAAUGCUUCUAUCUUACUGUCAUAGUCUUGGGGAAUCUGAAUAGUGGAAUAUUCCUACAGGUAUCUCAUUUUGUCUGAAGCUACAGAUUAUGAUGGGAGAUGGACGCAUAUUGGAAUUGAAAUAACCUCGUUCAGGUAAAUAACUAAUAAACAAAACCUCUAGCAAACUUAAGCAGAACUGAAUUAGUGGUAUUCAGAGACACACAUAAACAUGGAGUUGGCCUUUUAAUAGGUAAAGAGACUAAUUGCAGCAGAAUAGUUCAAUAGUCACUAGCACAGAAACAAGUAAAAUCUUUUAACUGAAUAAGUAUUGAAGGAUUGUACUGAAGACCAUCCAAAUUCAUUGAAGUUUAAAAUGGUAACUGAAAAAAACUGUAUUUGAGUACUAAUAUUUCUGAAAUUAGGUUGCUUGUAUCCGAUGAGCAUCACAGAUGUUUUCUGCAGAAGAAAUUUAAAGAUCAUAAUAAAACUUAUUCUUUGGCGUGCCAGGGGAGGUUUCAGAAACCUACCUCGUUGUAAAAAUUUUAAAGCUUUGGAGUCUGUAUAGGUGCCUUAUACGUAGGUCAUUGUCACCACACACAAGCACUCAACCCUUGAACUCACUGCCUUCUGUCCAGGGCAGUCAGCUAGUAAAUAAAGCAGUUCUGCUAAAUGACAUGAGAAGGCAUGGCCCAAUUUGGAAUGACUUGGAUCAUCCAGGGUCAGAUGAGUUCUGCAGACUGCAGCUAUUAAAAGAGUCCUGUUGUCAUUUUUCACCUUUUCAUCAUAAGCAUCUUUCGGAGAUUAAUUACUUGGCCAUUAAAAAUGAAUUCAAAUCAUAUUAUGCCAACAUCACAUAGACGUGAUUUGGAAUGAGCGGCCUAGGACUCCCUGACAAGGUCACAUCAUCCUUUCGAUUGGACUUGAAAAGGUGCAAAUUGGUCAGCCUAUAGUUCUGCUUGUGCCACCUGGAGGACAUAGGUAGGGAAUGGGAGGGCUGUAAGUGAUCACUUCCUCCUCUUGAGAAAGUGGAUGCUUUUGAUCAUUCCAAAACCCACAGUGAGCAGGAUAGUGACAGGCCUUUCAUCUUCAUAUAUGACAGGCCGCUGUGAAACCAUCAUUUGAAGCAGAAGGACCAUUUGCUUGAUGAGCAUGCAGAUGGAAUUCUAGCACUGGGUGGAAAGGAAACAGUGCUAAAAAGCCCAGAGGUUCCUUCCAACUUACCGGUUUUGUGAGGGAGGGAACUCUCAAUGAUUCUAAAUGUACGUUUGAAAGGUCUUGGGUCUGUUUUCAGAAGCGUCAAUAAGAAUUUUAAGUAGAGUCACUCCAACCCCCACCCCCAUCCUAAAUUAAAACAAAGGUCAUUCUGUAAAAUGCAAAGGAGUUUGCCUCCCUUCUUCCUAAUGUUCCUUUAGGAAAACUUAAUUAGUAUUAAUCAGAGCAGUUCCAGAAGGUGGGAGACACCUGCUCUCAGUCUGCCAGCUUCCAGCUAAGGGCUCCUAGGCCCCCACUAGGGAGGCUAAGAUCUCCUCUAGGUUUUCUCUACAAUUAAUGUCGUUUUUUAAAUGAGCAAAGCCAUGUCUUUAAUCCUGAUGUAUUGGAUUUGGCAACUAAAGGCAGUACAUUUUGCUGAGGGCUAAGUGUAUAUAGAGGAGUGUGUGUGUGUGUGUGUGUGUGUGUGUGAGAGAGAGAGAGAGAGAGAGAGAGAGUAGUUAAGGCAUAAAAUCUUUCAUGUGGAGCACCUCACCAAACGUAACAAUAGUCACCGUUAUCCUUUUGGCAACACCACAAAGACUGCAUCUGUUAAACAGGUACAAGUUCACUUGAGGUCGGUGUUUGUACGCCAUGGUUUUGGUUGCUGUUUAUGCUGUUAAGUCCAAAACUUUGUCUGUUAUUCUUAAUGUUUAAUAAAAUUUAAAUUGUUUCCUGUC